UUCUCAGAAAAGUUUUUUUCCGGGAAAAAAAAAGAAGGGAAAAGCUUAGCAUUCCCCGCCAGUGUGAAAGUGUUAACAGUCAAGUCCAGAGCGAUAAUCUAUGAGUUCUACAUUUCAUUUCAUUUGAGUUUGAAUUUCAAUCUCAAUCUUCGGAAAAACAAUCCUAGUUAAUCACGUUUCUCAGAAUCAGAAGUCACCACCACCUCUCUCUCUGUAUCGGUCUGUUAUCGUGAAAAUUGACUAAAGUUUCUGUUAACUGGACGUCAAUGGCGAGAGCUACUCGAGACGCAAUCGAAACUUUUACAAGCAUUACUGGUGCAUCCGAGGCUGUGGCGGUGCAGAGACUGGAGGAACAUGGUGGUGAUCUCAAUGAAGCUGUCAAUGCAUAUUUUAACGCAGGAGACAGAAACAUAACACGACGAGCACCUGUUGCAGUAUCUCAAAAUGAUUUCAUGGAUAUAGAUGAUCCAUUUGGAUUACAAACACAGGGACCUUCUUUGCCACUUCUAUCUGCUGCUAGAAACUUGGACCCAUUCUCAAUUACUGACCCCACUUUUCCUAGAAGUCUCUUUGAAAGCAGGGGUGCUUCUGAGUUCUCCAGCCAUGCACCAUUUUUUUCACAUCCAAGAAAUGUUCGGGAGAUCCCCAUAGAUAUCAAGGAUGGAAAUGACCACCCUGGUCAUUCUGGACCCAGUCCUACUGUUGAAGAUGUCACUGGAAUUGCAUAUACUCAUGAUCCUGAAAUUCAUGGACAAGUCAUAAUUGAUGAUGAAGAAGAUGAAGGUCCUCCGAUUAAUCCUCCGGCACAUACUCCUGGUCAGAAUGAAAGAGAAGCUAGCUUUUUGGGUGACAGUCAGUAUCAAGUGCAUGUCCCAAGUGUUCCAAAUGUAAGCAGUGACUACAGUAAUGAUAUAGAAGAAGAGAUGGUCCGCGCUGCCAUUGAAGCUUCAAAGCGAGAGGCUGAAGAGGGGUACCCAAAUCAGCAAUUUCCAUCUGAUGUAGAAGAGUUGGGAAAACUGCCAUCAGCAAAUGGGAGGCAAGGAUUUGGUUCUUCUGGCAAGGGAACGUCAAGUCAAUUUAAGUUGGAGGCAGGAAGCUCAUCUGUGCAAGAAGAAGCUAAGGAUGUAGAGGAGCAGCCAUUGGUUAAGCACAGGUCCAGACAUGUUUCUUCUGGAUCCGUGGAAUCUGCAAGUGAUGUUGGAGAAAUGUACAGCCCCCCUUCAAGUCCUAGAACGCAUGAUGUUGGUACUGAUCGGCAGCGCACUGGGGAUACCUUUCCCUCUGAUGAAUGGGGAGGCAUAUCUUCAGAGGAACACGAUGAAGCAGUUAUGCUCGAAGCUGCACUUUUUGGUCAGAUUCCUGAAGGUAGUGCAUAUCGUUUUGAUGUGGGAUCCUAUACUCAUCGGAUACCACGUUCUCCUUCACCCACUCUAACAGCACAACGCCUACUGCGAGAGCAGCAGGAUGAUGAGUAUCUUGCUUCCCUACAAGCUGAUAGAGAGAAAGAAUUGAAGGCCAGGGAGGAAGCUGAAGCCCGUCGAUUAGAAAAGGAAGCUUCUAGAGCUGCUGCUCUUCAAGAAGAGAGGCGCAAGGAGGAAGAAGCUCGCAUGAAAUUGCUAGAAGAAGAGGAGUUUGAGAGACAGCUAGCUGCAAAAGAAGCUUCUCUUCCUCAGGAACCAGCUUCAGAUGAUGAUAAUGCUGUAACUCUUCUCAUUCGGAUGCCUGAUGGUAGCCGACGUGGCCGUCGCUUUCUCAAGUCAGACAAGCUCCAGUCUUUUUUUGACUUCAUUGAUGUGGGUAGGGCCGUUAAACCUGGUACCUACAAACUGGUGAGGCCAUAUCCUCGGCGUGCUUUCAGUGAUGGUGAGAGUGAAUUAUCUCUGGGUGAACUAGGUCUAACCAGCAAACAAGAAGCCUUAUUUAUGGAAUUAGUUUAGGAAAGAUGAUUAUCCUACUUGUAAGUAGGAAAACAGAGGAAAAGGAGAGUACUUUUGAAAAUUCCAUUGAAACAACAAAACAUGCAUGAUGUGUGAUCUUGGCUGGUGAUGUUAUUGUUGGAGCCCAUUAAAAUGCCAGAACACAGCAAAAAUGCUGCUUCAUCUGAAGCUGAAAAUAGAAAAUUAUUGAACUCUUUCCAGCCACCACAACUAUUCUUCAGCAUUCUGGGUUUGUGGGCUGGAUGAUUGUUUUAAUUGGUGGUGUUGAUUGAUUUAUGGAUUUGUAUUUGUAUAAAAAUAUUUUAUUUUCAUUUUAAUCAUAUCAUUGGAAACUUA